AUGCCCAAAGAGCGCGGCUUCAACCCGGCGCAGGCCCAACGCAAAGCCGACAAGCAGAAAGAAAUCGCAAAGAGCAAGAAGAACCUCCAAGCGCAGCGCAACGAGAAGCUCGUGCGACGCAAUCCCGAACGACUACAACGACAGAUCGAUGAAUUAAAGGAGCUGCAGCAACGUAGUGUGCUGAGGCCGAAAGAUGAAGAGACGCUUAAGCAGCUUGAGCGGGACUUGAAAGGUGUGCGGAGGGCAAGGGAGGCAUUGGGGGAUGCCGCGCCCAAGUUCGCAGAGCGGAGGGAUGGUGGAAGGGAAAGGCCGGAUGCGAGGACGGAGCAAAUGCAGCGGCGGAAUCAGCAGCACUUGGGAAAGCGAAGGAGGGACGAGGAGGAUGCGCAGGGGAGCGACACCGACCCGGAAGUGAGGGACAUUCCCAUGCCGCGAGAUACACCUCCGCCUAUACCGCGACAGAAAUUCCAGGACCCGCAGGUGGGCGCGGAUGGGAAGAGGGUCCCUCAUGCGCUGCCGAGCAAACCUACGUCAGCUGCGCCGCCGAAGACUGUGUAUAGCGCUGCGCCGCAGAUACGAGAUCUCAAGAAGGAAGCUGUGAGAUUCAUGCCGUCUGCAGUCGCCGCGCAACGGAAACGUGCGAAGGGUGAAGGAAGGCUGCUGGAGCCGGAGGAGAUCGAUCGAUUGGAGAAGUCGGGUUACUAUGCUGCGCAGAAGGCUGGAGAUGAGGCAGGGCUGGAGUCACGGUUCGAGCAGGUGAGCUCGGAGGUGAGGGCUGAACGGGGCGAUGUGGAUAUGGAUGCGGAGGCGAGGAGGUUUGAGCGGGAGAUUGCUGAGAUGUAUCCGCAAGAGGAGGAACAGCUGCCUAGGAAGGUGCAGGUGGAGGAUGUGGAGGAUGAGGGUGACUGA